GACUAAAUUGUGUCGAAAGGCUCUGCAUAUGUUUGGCGGUGUGUCGUUUGGCUCCGAAAGGGGCGGUGACCGCUGAAUAAUAAGCAGCCAGGGCCCGCCCCCCUGUCAUGUUUAUUGAUCCGGCAGCGGAGGCCCUCCCGCAGGCAGGCAGCCAAGCCAGGCAGCUGUCGACUCCGGGAGGCUCGCUGGCUAUGGCGCUCCUGCUCCGUGUGCGCCUCCCCGUGGGAAUUCGCCGCCAGCCGCCUCCUGCCCGCGUCAGCGCCGCGCCACUCGAACUCUUUGGCGGUCUCCGCGGAUAGCGAGCCGCCCAUGGCGAUGGAGGACCAGCCCGCCGCCGCCGCCGCCGCCGCCGCCGCCGCCAAGAGAGACGACAGCGGGGCUUGCAUCGACAGGCAGCCGGACGCGGUGCUCCACCGAGCCGGACCCAUCCACGUCGGAGGUCGCGGUAGCCGCACCGGAGCUUCAGCCGCCGCAGCCGGGAUACGAGUGCUAAAGCGCAACAUGAAGCGAGUGGGGAGUCGCGGGUGCAUGACGAGAAAGAGCAGAUUCGGAUCCCGGGAACGCGACUGGCUGAAGAGCAACACCCAGCGGGGCUGCGUGUGUCUGUACGGGGGCACGGUGGACCCCCAGCUAACUACCUCUGGACCCCAGGCCUCCUCCACUCCUCAGCCUGACCUGCAGCUGGUGCUCUGCUCCACCAGCACCACAGUGGAGGAGAUGUGCGCCCAGAGGGACGGGCAGGGCCUUUUUGUCCAACUGCACGGCGAUCUGGUCAGGAGACUGGAGCCCACCGAGCGUCCUCUCCAGAUGCUUUACGACUAUCUGGCCGCGAUGGGCUACGCCGACCCGGUGCGAGUGCAGCAAGAGGCUGCCAAUUCAGACCUCAGCUGCUUGAUCCGCUUCUACAGCGAGCGACCAGUGAACGCGGAUCAGCAGGAGCGCACCCUGCUGAAGGGCGUGUUCAGCGUUCGCAAGGGUAAGACGCAGCUGCACAAGUGGGCCGAACGGCAGGUCGUUCUCUGCGGAACAUGUCUCAUCGUGGCCUCGGUCAAAGACAGCCUGACCGGCAAGAUGCACAUCCUGCCCCUGGUGGGGGGCAAGGUGGAGGAGGUGAAGAGGAGACAACACUGCCUGAUGUUCAGCUCUGCAGGAUCGCAAGCGCAGACAUACUAUGUCAAUUUUGACACACUGGCUGACUACCAGCGAUGGCAUCGACAGGCAUCCAAAGUGGUGUCGCAGACAGUCAGCCUGGUGGACCUGUCGUGCUACAGUCUGGAGGCGGUGCCCAAGUAUCUGUUCUACUGCCAAGACGUGACCCACCUCAACCUGCGACACAACUUCAUGAACUUGCUGGGGCCUGGAGGUCUCCUCCACCUCCCCAGAUUCUCUCAGCUGAAGAGCUUGAACUUGUCUCACAACCGUCUGGGUGUUUUCCCCGAAUGUGUGUGCGAGAUCCUCACCCUCACUGAGCUCUGGCUCUCCUGCAACAAUCUCCACACCGUACCCGUGCAGAUCGGCAACCUCCAAAGCCUCCAAACGCUGUCUCUGGAUGGAAACCACCUGAGCUCCCUACCCAAUGAGCUGGGUGGACUGUCCCAGCUCAGCAGUCUCGGCCUAUCCUUCAACGACUUCAAUCAUAUACCCGCUGUGCUGGAGAGACUGGGUGCAGUGGACAAGUUGUCCAUGGCUGGGAACCAAGUGGUGUGUUUGGAGGUGUGUGCUCUGCUCAGCAUGAGCCACCUGAAACACAUCGACCUCAGGCUAAAUGGACUACGCUGUGUGAAAAGUGAGUCUCCAGAGGCAGUGACCCUGCUGACCCACCUAGACCUGAGGGACAACUGUUUAGACUCACUGGACCUCACUUCCAUCUGCAGCCUGGAGACUCUCCACUGCCAACGUAACCAGUUGAGGGCGCUGACGGUUGGCGGCCUUGCGCUGCACAAGCUUCACGCCGGCAGCAACCGCCUUAGCGCAGUCAGCGUUUACCCAGUCCCAAACCAACUGACACACUUGGAUUUAUCCCAGAACCUUCUGGAGGACCUACCAGACUGGGUGUGUGACUGCAGAAAAGUGGAGCUGCUGGAUGUCACCCACAACCUCCUGACUGAGCUUCCAUCCAGGUUGCUCAACAGCUUGAGUUUGAGGAAGCUUCUGGCGGGGAACAAUCGCUUGCAGAGAGUGCCUGAGCUGCUGGACCACGUCCCCCUGGAAGUUCUGGACCUCCAGCACAACAAGCUAGGAGAGCUCCCGGAGAGUCUCUUCUUCAAGGCCUUAAACCUCAAACAUUUAAAUGCGUCAGCCAAUAACCUGGAAAGUAUUCCUCCCAGCGGCCAAUCAGAUGACAGCCUAAGCACGCUGCAGGAGCUCUACCUGACCGGGAACAACCUCAAUGAAAACUGCGGUGCUCUGCUGGUUGGACACCACAACCUGAGGGUCCUGCACAUGGGCUACAACCGGCUGCUCUCAUUCCCUGCCAGUAAACUGAGUAAGCUGGAGCUGCUUGAGGAGCUCAAUCUAAGUGGCAACAAACUGAAGAGCAUCCCCUCUACGGUGUCCAGCUGCAAGAGACUGCACACCCUCAUAGCGCACUCCAAUCACAUUACCGUCUUCCCGGAGAUCCUCAACCUUCCUGAAAUCAAGCUUGUGGAUCUGAGCUGUAACGAGUUGACUGAGAUCCAACUGCCCGAAUCGCUGCCGCCCAGCCUCCAGGAGCUGGACUUGACAGGCAAUGGCAGCCUGAUGCUGGAACACAAAACUCUUAAUCUCUUCAGUCACAUCACCACAUUGAAAUUGGACCAGAAGUCGACCACAACAGCAGACUCGCAAAACGCCUCCGCUCCCUGGAGCCAUGGCUACUCUGAAAUGAGCGGCCAAAGGAACAAGUUGUGUGUGUCCGUGCUGGCCAUCGACCGCCUCGGUGACAGCGUUGAAGCGUGCUACGGUAUUUUCGAUGGGGACCGCAAUGAGGAAGUGCCUCGGCUGCUGCAGUGCACCAUGGGUGACGUGCUGUGCGAGGAAGUGCAACAUUCCAGUAUUGACAGCGUGUACAUGAGCAAUACAUUCCUAACCUCACACAGGAAACUAGGUAUGGCCGGCCAGAAAUUGGGUGCCUCUGCCUUGCUGUGUUACAUCCACCAUGAGUCCUCAGAGCCGGGAGGCUACCUCAGUGUGACCGUGGCCAACGUGGGGACCUGCCAGGCGGUGCUGUGUCGGGACGGCCGACCCGUAUCCCUCUCAAAGGUGUACAGCUUGGAGAACUGCACUGAGGAGAUGGAGAGAGUUAAACUCAGCAAAGCCAUCAUUACGGAGGAUAACAAAGUGAGCGGUGUGACAUGCUGCUCCCGCCUGCUGGGUUGCUCUUAUCUGUCUCCCUGGGUGCUUCCGAAGCCCUGGGUGCACACCGAGCCGCUCUCAUCCCAGGAUGACUUUCUUAUCCUGGGGAAUCGCGCGCUCUUUGAGCGCGUGUCUUACCAGGAGGCUGUGCGCACAGUUCAGGCCGUGCGGGAUCCGCGCGCCGCCGCCAAGAAGCUUUGCACGCUGGCCCAGAGCUACGGCUGUAAGGACAACAUUGGCGCUGUGGUGAUGGCCUUGAACAUUGCAGAGGACAGCUGCACCUGCGAGCCACCGGUCUACACUACUGAACCCCGGGGUCUUCCUCAUGUCUCUUUCCCUGUGUCUACGACGCCAGCCCCUAGCGACUCAGCCACCCUGUCAUCCACCAGCGGCGUCGUCUCUGAAUUCAACAGUGAGACGUCAGCGUCGGAGGUGGGCAGCGAGGCGGGCUCCACUGGCUCGGAUGAGCACCCGAACUCAGGAGCUGCGCCACGCCCUGAGAGACGUUGUAGCCUGCACCCCGGUACGACACUGUGCGGCAUUAUGGUCCCGGGCUCGGUCGGGCUAGGGAGCCACAUGGGCCUGUUCCAGCGGCAACCUUCCUCUGCCACUUUCUCUAGCAACCACUCUGACAACGGCUUGGACAGCGAUGAUGAGACUCCACUGCAGGGCGUCAUCUCCAAUGGCAGCAAGUUAGAAGUGGAGGUGGACAUCCACUGCUGCGCUUUCCAGCUGCGCUCAGGGCCCUCCGAGAGCCUGAAGGACUUGGACUUUGAAAAGGGAGGCUCCGAUUAUCCUAAUGGCAAGGUGCGCAGACAGAACAGCGUGGUGGUCUCCGCAACAAACGGCUGCCUGCUGGCUGUUUGUGGAAGAGAGAUCGCAGACUUGAAGAAAUCACCUUCGGCUUCGUGCCUGUUUGGGAAGAAGCCGUCUAACGGUUCCGUGGUGGCCCCCGAGGACAGUCACAAUCUCAUCGAGGUGGCCCUGGAGGCACCUAAGAAGAAGUCCGGGUAUUUCACGGCGCCCGCACAGCAGGACCCCGAAGACCAGCUGAUUGUGCCCCCUUGUCUGGAGCAGGAAGUACGGGAGCAGUUAAAAGGUCAGAGCCCUCUCGUCUCAGGCCCCUCUGCACCAUCCACACCCCCUUCAUUAAAAGACGCAGGAUGGGAUCAAUCCCACCCUCCUCCUCCCUUUACCCCGAGCCUGGCGCCAGGUCCUGGAGUGAUCCCAAUCAUAAAGCCUGAGGUCUAUGAUACUGCCCUCUGAAAGGGGGAACACAGCACAACUUGGCUGCCAAGCUGUUAUCGUGCCACCCCAGGGAAGUCGAGGCGAUUAUUGUGAGUUUAAAGGGGGACUCCACUUUGUGACUCAAGGCUAAAAUUGUGUGUUCAAACGUCACCGAGCGUAUCCUUUUCCUUGGAAAAUCUCACUUUGGAAUUGUGCAGGAAUGUGCUCAGUGCAGGUUAUAUUCUUGUAGUAAAAGUGCCUACGGCAGACGACUCAGCCUCAGAGUUCCCAGGCUACGCGGCUGUUUUAGAGUAGAGAUUCUUACACCUGAAGGAAGAACAAUAAAGCUUGACACAGCUAAUCGUCCUCCUCCUGUAGCUUAUAAAAGGAAAGGAACAUUCUGAAUGCCAUUCAGUCUCAUAGCCCCGCUCCCAUCAAGCUUCAGUUUUAAAUUCGCCAUAAUACGGUUUUGGAACAGUAGACGCUGGUUUGUCUUGUGUUUCCGUCGUGGGAUUAUGAUGGUUGAUUGUGUGGGUUGCCAAAGCUCAGGAUGAGUCAAGCAUUUGCACCUUCUAAACCCAGGGGUGUCUAAACUGAAGAAUGAAGGGGUUACUUUGAUAUUCUUCACCUUUUUGUUUAUUAAACAUGCUAAAAUCAAUCCAAUAUAAGUCAAGAUCAGUUAACUAUAUUUAAAGGAAAAUUAUUACUAAUAGUGUACAGAAAUUUUACUUCUUUUUUUCUCAUUUUCGAAUUUGUUUUUGUUCAGUGCGGCCCUAAUUCUCCGUCACAAAUGGCCUCCAUUUUUACCAUCCCUGGAUGGUCAAAGCCGUGGACCUGGGUCCAGUCCAGCUUUGACUUUCCCCUUUAGGGCCACGGGACUUUUUGCUUGUGAGCCAGAACAAGUCCGAGUUGGCAUCACUCUUCAAUUAUAUGCAAGCAUAAUGCAAAUGUCAGUCUCAGAUAAAUAUACACAGACACGGAAGCUGCCAAGAAUCUCUUUGAAUAUGACAACUACGACUUUAAAUAGUACUACUUAUUAUUAUUGCACUAGUAUGGUAAAAAAUACUAGUACUCUUAAUAGAUUUUGACUUUAAAGAUGAUCAAUAGAUAACUGCCCUUCAAAAAAAAGUUACUUUUAAACAAUCCCACAAAAGAUGUUUAGAAUCUUCUCUCGAGAAAGAAUUCCACCCAUCGUGAUACGUCUAACAAGAUAUCGAGGGAAAGAAAAGGUUUUCAUAGCAAUGCACAUUGACUAGAUGUCAAAAUGUAAUGAAGUCAUUUAACUGUGCAAAGCCGACAAGGCACCACGGUCUGUGGUGUUGUGCGAUCCGAUUUCCAUUAAACUAAACAGAAAAAUAAGUCGAUUAUUGUCGCUUGAUGUAAAUGUCAUAAUGGCAUUUUGAAGCACAUAUUCAGUGUUUACUGUGUUGUGUGAUAUGAAAUAUCUCAGCUCAUGACAAAUGCGAUAUAAUAAAUACGACAACGGAAACUCAAUUCAUGUCCCUCCACGCAAAUUCAGUCGGAGCUUGGACAUUUUUCACUUUCCCAGAUGAUAUUUGGGAUUAGAGUGAGCCCUGCAUAUUCAUAGUUCGGUAUUCGCAAAUUCACAGAUUUUUUUUUUUUUUUUUGGGGGGGGGGGGGGGGGGGGGACCUAUUUGCUGUUUUGGGCUCGGGACAGAGCCAUGUCUAAUUUUUUUCUCUUUUGCGCCAUCUGGUGGCAUCUUGGGACCAAGCAACUAUCUUGAGGUGAGGGGAGGAACCUCAUUUCGUCAGGCCAUAACCUAGUUUACUAGAAAAAAAGUGUUUUGCCGCCAUCUUGUGGUGUCAAUUACUCGCUACGUUUUGCUUUUUACAGCAGGGCUCGAUCUGUAUCCCCCAUGAGUACCGAAAAUCUACAAGUACUUGUUCCCCCGACCCGAAAAGAUUUAGAACUACCGAUAGAUGUGUACUUUUGUCUAAAAUAAAACUCCUUAACUUCAGCAUAGUUCCUUGGCGCGAAGAUGCCACAAGAUGACGCCAAAGCACAGCUUUUGGCCAAAAAAAGAUCUUUAAUCCACUUCAACAUAGUUCCUUAGCCACGAAAUGCCACAAGAUGGCAGCAAAGGACUACUUUUGUCUAAAUGAGGGUAUUUCAUUUACUUCAACAUAAUAUAGGUGCAUUUGUGAAUGACGAACCCCAAAUACGUGGGGGUAAUUUGUGUGUGGUAAUUUCCCCUUGUAGUGCAUUUGCUGUAAGAUAGCAACAGUAAACACUGUCUGAUACUGCCAAUAUUUUCCAAUGUUUUAUUUUUCGCAGCUACAUUAUUUUAAUUGUGAGGUGAACAUAAUACAGGCCAAUGUCUCUUGGUUCCUGGUGCCAAAAGAGAAAGUGUUUUUUAAGAAGACCAAAGUCAGGUAAUUGCACAAUUGCCAAUUAGACUUCUUGUUUUGGCAUAGUGGUGCAGUUGUGGCAUUCCAUAGUUUGACUUUCCAGUGUUCCCUUUCAGCCUUAAAGCAUUGCCGCUCAGUAUUUGUUCAAAGGAAGACGAGCCAUCGAUUGAAUCCCACUCAUGUUGUCAUAUUGUCUUUGAAGCCUUAAUUGUCUUUCUCCUGUUACUUGUCAACUUCAUGGAUUCAACACUAAUUACAACCCCAAUUCCAAUGAAGUUGGGACGUUGUGUUAAACACAAAUCAAAACGGAAUACAAUGAUUUGCAAAUCAUGUUCAACCUAUAUUUAAACUUUAUUGUUUAUCAGUUUGUUUUAUUGUAUUUUGUGGCUGCAACACGUUCCAAAAAAGCUGGGACAGGUGGCAAAAAAGACUGAGAAAGUUGAGGGAUGCUCAUCAAACACCUGUUUGGAACAUCCCACAGGUGAACAGGCUCAUUGGGAACAGGUGGGUGCCAUGAUUGCGUAGAAAAGGAGCUUCCCUGAAUUGCUCAGUCAUUCACAAGCAAAGAUGAGGCGAGGUUCACCUCUUUGUGAACAAGUGUGUGAGAAAAUAGUCGAACAGUUUAAGGACAAUGUUCCGUAACGUAGAAUUGCAAGGAAUUUAGGGAUUUCAGCAUCUACGGUCCAUAAUAUCAUCAAAAGGUUCAGAGAAUCUGGAGAAAUCACUGCAUGUAAGCGGUGAGGCCGAAAACCAACAUUGAAUGCCCGUGACCUUCGAUCCCUCAGGCGGCACUGCGUCAAAAACCGACAUCAAUGUGUAAAGGAUAUCACCACAUGGGCUCAAGAACACUUCAGAAAACCAAUGUCAGUAAAUACAGUUCGGCGCUACAUCCGUAAGUGCAACUUGAAAGUCUACUAUGCAAAGCAAAAGCCAUUCAUCAACAACACCCAGAAACGCCGCCGGCUUCUCUGGGCCCGAGCUCAUCUAAGAUGGACUGAUGCAAAGCGGAAAAGUGUUCUGUGGUCCGACGAGUCCACAUUUCAAAUUGUUUUUGGAAAUUGUGGACGUCGUGUCCUCCGGGCCAAAGAGGAAAAGAACCAUCCGGACGUUAAUGGUCGCAAAGUUCAAAAGCCAGCAUCUGUGAUGGUAUGGGGCUGUGUUAGUGCCAAUGGCAAGGGUAAAGUACACAUCUGUGAAGGCACCAUUAAUGCUGAAAGGUACAUACAGGUUUUGGAGAAACGUAUGCUGCCAUCCAAGCAAUGUCUUUUACAUGGACGCCCCUGCUUAUUUCAGCAAGACAAUGCCAAACCACAUUCUGCACGUGUUACAACAGCGUGGCUUUGUAGUAAAAGAGUGCGGAUACUAGACUGGCCUGCCUGCAGUUCAGACCUGUCUCCCAUUGAAAAUGUGUGGCGCAUUAUGAAGUGUGAAAUACGACAACGGAAACCCCGAACUGUUGAACAGCUUAAGGUGUACAUCAAGCAAGAAUGGGAAAGAAUUCCACCUACAAAGCUUCAACAAUUAGUGUCCUCAGUUCCCAAACGUUUAUUGAAUGUUGUUAAAAGAAAAGGUGAUGUAACACAGUGGUAAACGUGACCCUGUCCCAGCUUUUUUGGAACACGUUGCAGCCAUAAAAUUCUAAGUUAAUGAUUAUUUGCUAAAAACAAUAAAGUUUAUCAGUUUGCACAUUAAAUAUCUUUUCUUUGUAGUGUAUUCAAUUAAAUAUAGGUCGAACAUGAUUUGAAAAUCAUUGUAUUCUGUUUUUAUUUAUGUUUAACACAACGUCCCAACUUCAUUGGAAUUGGGGUUGUACUAAAGCACUUUGCAAUGACUUUAGCAUGUGAGAAUGUGAUCAACUUUGCGUACUUGAGUUAUAAUGAGACUAUAUAACCUACAGAAUAAGUACUGAGGCACAUUUAUUUCCUGACAGUUUUCCUCUUAGAAUCAUUUUUCCCAUUUGAAUUGUUAUGUGAACUAAACGGGACCUGGUGGACUAUAUGAGGAAAAAUACCGCUCAAGUUGUAGCUUCACUAUACACCAGUCCUGGCUACAAAUAUUGAGACAUUUUGCAAAUAAUAGUGACAAUUAAUGAUAAUAACAACAACUAGGAAUGUCUUAUUAAGUCAACGCAGCCCUGUCGUGUGCUCGACUCCGCUUAUCUACAAACAGCACUAUUGAUUAAUUGCCUCAUCAAAUCCAACCAGUCGGCCCCAAGUUUGCUUGCUUGCUUGAAAUAAUUCACACUCAUUAGGCUUCCAUUUGAAGGUAAGUCGUUUAAAUGCAUCACAUUUGCUAACCUGUCGCUUUUUUUUAACUCUGACGACGCUGCUUAUCGAGCUGUCUGGCCAUAAAGUCCCCCUCCUGUGGUCAGUGCGGCUUUGUAGACAGUUUGUUGUAGGUUUCGGCUUCCGCUGACUGUCUGCGACACGUUUCCACAUCUCACUCCGUGCCUCUUUUUCUUUUUUUUGAGCUCGUGGCCAUUUCGAACACAAGUUUUGGGGACAAAGACGCCACCCAGUACAGAGCAGAACAGACACACAGAUUGCGGCAUGACGCCAGCUCUGUUAAAAAAAAAGAAGAAAAGACGAUCUUCUUCAUCUCAUACUGAUCAGCGGAAAAUUACGUGAUCAGAUCGGGACAACUCGAACAGCAUAUUUUUGCCGCCUUUUAGGAUACCUAAAAUCAUCUUACAGACGCAACAAUAAAAACAAUUACUAUAUUAGCAAAGGGACGUGCAACUCUAAAAACAUACUGAAAGUAUUAAAAAUAUUAUUAUAAUAUUAAAAUAUAUAUAAUGUGUUUUUAGGCAGAAGUUGAAAGUCUGGAGUCACUAUUGCAUAAAUAGUACAUUUAAAAUGUUUUCUUAGACCUGUAUUGCGAGACAAUAAUCACUUCCUUAUAGUUUACACGGUUCAUAUAAGCGCAGUGGAUAUAAAAAGUCUACACACCCCUGUUCAAAUGCCCGCCUGUACAAUGCAAUUGGGGAAAUUAUUAUUAUUUUUUUUUUCAGGUGGUGAUGUAAAAAUAGACAACAUAGAACCAACCCUCUUAUAAGGAUAUAAGGAUGUGUCGGUGUUCAGCAUUUAAAGUACCUCUGAUUAACCCCACUUAAAUUUCUGAUGUUCUCGUAGCCUUUUCCUGACAUUUGGUUUCCUUUUAGCCGAAGCCUGAAGGUUUUGUGCAAAUGUUGACUGCUAUUUGGAACUGUUCAUAAUUCCCUCCACCCAGGCUAAGCCACCACCGUGCUUUGUUUUGAGUUUUGAAAUGAUUUUUUUUUCUUUUUUUUUUCUUAAUUUAUGUAUCACAAAAACCUGUCAUUGUCAUUGGAAAAUGGGUGAGUACGCUUCAUGUCCACUGAAUGUGCAUUAUUGUAUCAUUUUUGAAAAUACACAAACUUCAAUAAUUUAGUGACUGUGUUUGACUGAUGAAUUGAAUGUGCAAUAGACGUGUGUGCGCGUUUGGGUUCUUCCUCAUUCACCCUGGACAGCGUUGCACAGAUCUGCUCGUAAAAAUAAAUACAUAUUCAUAUACAGUCCAUGAUUUUAUUUGAAGUGCGUCUCCUGGUCUGCACAUUUCCAUCCACGCUAUCCUAAUGUUCCACAAAUUUGUAUAGUAUGCCAAGUGUACAUGUAGACACAGGAUGAGAGAGCACAGGGUAGUGGAGUACAGUACAGUGCAUUACUGACAAUAUUCCCUCUAAUUCUUUAGUGGAGUGGGUCCAGUAGUGUUCUUAUUAUGCCCGUGUUGCAUUAAAAUAGAAACGCACGUGUUAACGUCUUUAUGUGGCAAAGCGUCUGUGUUUUGUGUGUCAAACGAAGCACAUACAGUACACAGUGCAGUAAGUGUAAGCAUGUUGUCGUGAAUAUUGUGAAUGGAAAUGAUCCAAAACACUGCGGUUGUUGAUCAUGUGAUCAAAGUAGCCAUCGCUCAAUCUCCAGGUUCCUUUAUGUACAUUCUUUUCUAGAAAAGGCCUGAAUAUUAUUAUUUUUAGACGCCAAGAAGCAAAUUUUUAUUUUUGUACUUCAAUGCAAGUGAAUAUUGCCCUCUCCAGUAUGGAAUUUGGAAUGAUGGGGUCUCAUUCUAGUACAGGAUGAUGCUAAAUACUGUAUAACUGUAUUUAAUGUUUACAGCAUGCCCUCAAUAUCAACAUGAAAUAUACAUAUAUAUAUAUAUAUAUAUA